CCUAACUCACCAUAAUAUCUGUGUAGAUCUUGUAAAACGUCGCCAUCUUUUUUGGAAAAGGAAAAAAAGCGUGCUUGUCCACAAAAGCUAAAAAUCAAGUUAACGCAAAACUAUAGAAUUAAUGAAAACAGAAAAUUUUCAGUAAUUAAUGUCAUAAACCUGAACAAACGACUAGAAAUAUGUCUAUCAGAGGUGGUAGUGGUCGAGGUGCAUUUUUGCGAUCGUUGCAAGGCAGCACAGAUGAAAGCAGCAAAGAUACUGAUUCUCAUACAAAACCAAGCGUUCUGGAUAGUGGCCUGGGGCUGAGCAAAGGUGCUGGACGGGGACGUUUUUUACUCGAAAAAACAGAUGAUAGUGACAAUACUCCAGCUUCUGUAACAAACACCCCAAGCCAUGAUGGAUCUUCUUCGUUAAGUCAUGCAACAUCUGGCAUUGAAGCUUCUUUUCUACCGAAGCCUACGUCGGGACGUGGCAAAAUUUUACAUCUGUUACUGGAGGAGAAGCAGAAAACUCUCUCCAGUAACGUUUGUUUUGAGGAAGCCGUUGAGUCGGCUACGGAAGAACUUGAAGAAAUAAAUAUCGGAGCGGUUGAGACUGAGCAGGAUCCAGUUAUUCGCCGUGGAACAAAAGGACGCCCAGUGAACAUUGCGGCCAAUUACAUUCGUCUAAAUACCGACCCGGACAAGGGCGUCUUCGAAUAUGAAGUAAGAUUCGCCCCAGCUAUUCACUCGUUACAAUUGAGAUACAAGCUGUUGAAUCAACAUCGCGAUACCAUUGGUAACACGAGAACUUUCGAUGGAUCCGUAUUGUACUUACCGUUCCUGUUACCGGACAGUCGAACUAUGCUGAUUUCAAACAAUGAUAACGACAACAGUAAGGUCACCGUAACCAUCAUCUUCAAAAAGAAGAAAUUGCUGAAGGAUUGCAUUCACUUGUACAACGUACUGUUCGAACGGAUUAUGAAAAUUCUUAAAUUGGUUCGAUUCGGCCGGAAGAAUUUUGAUCCUACUGCACCGAAACCCAUUCCUCAGCAUAAACUGGAGAUAUGGCCUGGCUACGUGACUGCUGUUGACGAAUAUGAAGAUGGUGUCAUGCUUUGUUUGGAUGUUUCACAUCGUCUCCUAUGCACAGAAACUGUGCUCGACAUUUUGACGCACGCCUAUGUAUCGGACAAAAAUAACUUUCAGCAAAAGGCGAUGGAGGCAUUGCUUGGGCAAGUCGUCCUAACACGGUACAAUAAUAAGACCUACAGAAUCGAUGACAUACUCUUCAACGAAUCACCACAAUCCACUUUCACAAUGAGUGGUAAAGACGUAAGCUACAUGGAGUACUACAAAAACCAUUACAACAUUGAUCUUGCUGAUACGAAACAACCUCUUCUGUUAAGUCGCGAAGAACGACGCGUUUCGGGCAAACCGGACAAAGAGACGAUAACUUUUUGCCUGAUACCGGAAAUAUGUUACUUGACUGGCAUCACCGAUGCCCUACGCAGCGAUCUGAAAGUAAUGAGAGACAUUGCAACAAUCACUCGAGUGACGCCUAACCAACGUGUGGAUGCGAUGAAUACUUUCUGUAAGAACUUGAACGCCAGCAAAGAAGCAACAGAUGUACUUAAGAACUGGGGCCUGACAUUGGAAACGAAUCCAUUAAAAUUGAGUGGCAGACAACUGGAAGACGAAGAAAUACUAUUCGGGCGUGGAAAGACAAUCAUCGCCGAGAGGGGCGACUUCAAUAAAUAUUGUUGUAAUAAUCAACUGUUCAAAGUGAUCAAUCUGACCAACUGGAUGGUGAUACAUACGAAACGAGACAUGAAAUGCGCCCAAAAUUUUAUUGAAACGAUUAUGACGAAUUCGGCUCCGAUGGGCCUGAAAGUCAAUACACCGAAAGUUGAAGUUCUGAAUGAUGACAAGAACGAGCAAUAUGUUCAGCUACUUCGCAGAGUCGUCAAUCCUUCUCUGCAAAUUAUUGUGAUAAUUUGUCCAUCGUCACGCGAUGAUCGCUACGCUGCCAUUAAGAAGGUGUGCUGUGGCGAAUUACCCAUACCUACUCAGGUCAUCAAUAGCCGAACACUGGCUAAUGAAGCUAAAAGCCGUUCAAUCAUAGCCAAAAUUGCACUUCAAAUGAAUUGCAAAAUCGGAGGUUCUUUGUGGAGCAUCAAAAUUCCGCUGAAAAAUGUCAUGAUCUGUGGCAUCGACACUUACCAUGACACGAAGAAAAAGGAUAAUUCUGUGGGAGCAUUUAUUGCAUCGUUAAAUGGUACAUACACCGAAUGGUACAGCCGGGCCGUCAUUCAAUCGCAAAAAGAAGAGCUGAUCAAUGGUUUAGCUCAAGCGUUGAUUAGCGCUCUACAUGCAUACAAGCAACGAAACGAAGCGCUUCCGGACAAAAUCAUUAUAUAUCGCGACGGUGUUGGUGAUGGACAACUGAAAAUGGUCAGCGAAUACGAACUACCACAGCUCGUUAAAGCUUGUACGUUACAGAAUCCGGAUUACAAACCGCAAUUCACUUUCAUAGUCGUCCAGAAACGUAUCAACACACGACUUUUCCUUGCUAAAGGCAACGGAUACGACAAUCCUGCUCCUGGUUGUAUCAUUGACCACUCGAUUACUCGGCGGUUUUUGUACGACUUUUUCUUGGUUCCACAAAAUGUAAGACAAGGAACCGUGACGCCUACACAUUUCAUUGUGCUGCACGACGACAACAAUUAUUCACCGGACGUUUUGCAGCGUCUGACCUACAAAAUGUGUUUCCUGUAUUACAAUUGGCCGGGAACUGUUCGCGUUCCAGCCUGUUGUCAGUACGCUCAUAAAUUGGCUUUCUUGGUUGGCCAAUCCGUUAAGAAACCACCCGCUGAAAUGCUGGCCGACAAACUGUACUAUUUGUAGUAUAAUCGUUUUGUAAAAUAAUAUUGAACACAAAUAUUCUUAAGUUCUACCGAUAAUAUUGAAUUGUUGAUUCCUUUUCAUUUCACUAACCUUUUUUGUCGUAAAUAAAACAGUUUUUG